AUGGCUUCAUCGCCUCCUUUGGCUCUGUCUACUUUUCGCAGGCCAUUUGACAUUCAGAGAAAUGUAGGCAGCGACAUGUCCAUGAUGGCCCUUGUUCAGACAGGAUGUCCCUCGAGGUUUGCCUCAUCCAUCGAACACCGUAUCAAGGGCCUCAACACGGAGACCAUUGCCCGUAUCUGCUUGCCCACUCCCCCUUGGCUAAUGAACCCAGAAUAUGCAGCUCUUCAAUCCGGCAAAGGAAACCCUGAUGAACAUAUAUACGUGAGCCUCAAUGUUGCCCUCUACAACCAGCAGCUCGAUCCUUCGGACUGGACCGACCAAUGGUUCUUCAUGGCUGGCCGCGUCCAUCCAUAUGCCCUGACUUGGCAGACUACCCAGCUCGACGGCUUGGAGACUGAGAUUGGUACCAUUACCGAAUACACGAUUCCGGCCUUUAUUGUUCGAGAAUCAAGCUUUCAACCCAUAUUGCCUCGCAAUCUCACCUCAGUUGAUGCAUUCCCUUCUAUGCCUCCCACCGUCAGUCUCACUGGUCCCGUUAUUGGCUUUGGCCACACCCUACUGCGAGAUGAGGUCGUCUCGACCCUCGGGGACAUACAAAUGCGAUGUUGCAGCUUCAUUCAGCUCUCCUCCUUCAUCACACCAGGUGAUCCCGUGAAGCCCUUCAGAGGCUUCCACCCUUUUCAAGUCUUUAUCAUAUUCCCCAUCCACGCCAAUCCUUGGUCCACUUUGUGCAGAAAAAUGAUCGACAGGCAGGAUUCACAUUUUCAAACUGGCGCGCCAUUCACUUGUGCCGGCAAGGUCGUUGGUCUAUUGGACCACGCGAUAAUGACUCGACCACCCGAGCUCGAACGCGACCACGUCUUUAUCAUCGUUCCGGACACCUGGACAUUUCUUGACAGAAAUUCCGCCUCCGCUUCAUCAUCUGCGCCUCCGCCGUUGACUCCCACAAAGACCUCUGCUUCUGCACCAGCAUCAUUUUCGCAAGUUGCCGCAGGGUUCACAACCACCUUCAAGCAACAGAAUGGCAGCUCCAACGCACUGCCAAGCCCGGAUGCAUCACCAAAAACUGUUCGAGUUGUCGCAGCCGGGACCAAGCGCCCUCGCCAAGUCCCGUCCAAUCCACCAGAGCAAGGCAGUCCUAUCAAACAACCUCGAUUUUCUUCUCAAUCUGCAUCAAAUGUCUCGUCCACCACUUCUUCCACUGUACAACACGACUAUUCUGACCCUGAAUCCGCAAUAUUGAAGGAUCGCCCCCCUACCAAAACUGAUACUGCCUUAUUUAUAACAAGUACAACCAGCCUCGCUUCACCAACUCGUAGCAACAUCAUAGCAGCGCCCACCGAGGCUGCCAAUCGUCCUCACCGCUCAAGACAGCCAAGCAAAAAGGUCCAAGAAAGCAACGUUGGCUAA